AUGGAUUCUGUAGCCUUUCAGAUCUGGGCAACCCUCUCUUUUCUGGUCCACCUUGCAAACUGCAGUCCCAUCAUGAGCCUAGAUGUACCUCUUUUAGAGGAAGACAUGCCAUUUUUUGAUGAACAGGAUGUGCUGCUUCAAAAUUUGCAAAAUGCGUUGCUGAAGGCACUUAACCUCUCUGACAUUCCCAUGCAAGAAGCAGUCAAGGUGGACCCUCCAGAAUAUAUGUUAGAGCUCUACAACAGGUUUGCCACUGAUAAGACAUCAAUGCCAUCUGCCAACAUUGUUAGAAGCUUCAAAAAUGAAGAACAGAUUUUGUAUCCUGUCCACUUUCAUGGAAUACGGAGAUACCCUCUUCUUUUUAACAUCUCUGUCCCUCACCAUGAGAAGAUAACCAAGGCAGAACUGAGGCUCUACAUCUUGGCGGAGGACGAGAGAAUGCGUAACGGUGGUCUGAACAGAAGGGUCACAAUUUUUGAAGGGCUGGAGAACGAACAUGGAGAAGAGAAGAAGAAAGGAGAGAAUAAAAUGAGAGUGCUGGCAUCCAGACACAUCCACAGCACUGACAAUGAAUGGAAAACAUUUGAGGUCACAGAGGCCAUCAGGAAAUGGCAUCACUCAGACUCAACCACUCAUCGGCUAGAAGUGCAGAUUGAGAACAGAGGAGGAGAGGAGCCUGACGAACGAGGAAAAGUAGAUAUAGACAUCAAUGAAGGGGCCAAACACGAGCCUUUAUUAAUUGUGUUUUCAGAUGACCAAGGCCAUGCCAAGAAAGAAGAAAGGCAUGAAUUGAAUGAGAUGAUACAGCAUGAGAAGAUGCAAGAUCUGCAGGACCUAGAUGUGAAUGAUUUCUAUACCAGACCCAGCGAAGAGAAAAUUCUUCAGAUGAGGUCCAACAUUAUCUACGACUCAACUUCCCGCAUAAGAAGGAAUGCUGGGAGCAGUUGCAAAAGGACUUCGCUCCUUGUAGAUUUCAAGGAGAUUGGCUGGGAUUCCUGGAUCAUUGCUCCACAAUCUUACGAAGCAUACCAGUGCAAGGGAGCAUGCUCGUACCCUCUGGAUGAUCAACUCACAACCACCUAUGCCAUGGCCCGGACUUUGGUUCACUUGAAUGAUCCCCAGAAAGCUUCUCCGGCCUGUUGUGUACCUACCAAGCUGGCUCCCAUCUCUUUGCUUUACUUGGAUAAAGGUGUGGUUACCUACAAACUGAACUAUGAUGAUAUGUCAGUAUUGGAAUGCGGCUGCCGAUAGUAGCAGGGGGCCCCUUUGCAUGGCACCUUUGGCCUCUGAGUAUUUAAUUGCCUGACCUGUAAAUUUGUACAGUUUUGAUUUGUACAUAUUUAAAUCAGCCUAUUUAAGUGAGGCAUGUAUAGAUAAUUGGAGCAGGCAGCAGAUCAGAGGGGAUAUAUAUUUAGGCUUAUUCACAUGAUACAAAGUUCAGGACACAAAAGGGACGUUGUAUUGAGUGAACUGGCCCUUUGCUGCCUUCUUGACUUGGAUGAAUGGGGUUGUGUUUCAUGCUGUUUUAGACAAUACCAGUGACAAAGGUGGUGGUUGUUUUUAAAGUGUGCAAUGUAAGACAGUAAAUGGGGAUGCUGUUUAUAAGCCCCCCUACAAAAUAUAACUUCCCCAGAAUGUAAAAAUGGUAUGGGCUUAGCGAAGUCAUAUCUCUGAAGGCUUUCUCUGACCUCCACCUGCCACACCCUGGCCAGGAAGAAUUCUAAGCAUCCCCUGUAUGGAGUGGCAUAGUUGGGAAAAGAGGUUAUUAUUGGAUCCUGCUGAUGGUAUAAACUAGUAAACCCCAAAGUUUGAAAUGCUGAGAGUUAUUUCCCACUUUUUACCCAUUUUAUCACACUGCAUCAAAAGAAUGGUUAACAAGUUCUCAUGAACCUAAAAGAUGCAAUAAAAACUGCCUCAGUGGAACAACAAUCAAUUCAGAGGGGGGGUGGGUUUCAUGACUGUUCAGUGGGCACACAGAUGAGAUGCCCGUGUAAUUUCACGUUGGGCUUGUGUUGA